AUGCCUCGGAGGAACGGGAACGGGGCGACCUCACAAUACGUUCAACCGGUUUGCUUUGAAAGUCUUGGCUCCCAUCUGGAUUUUCACCCAACACGACCCAACACGCACGCUCUUUUUUACUGGGUUGGUGGUACACCCGUAUUGGAACGAGUAAUGGCACCUGGAACAUCGACUUCUAGCACUGCAACGACAUUUGCGGGCGUGAACCAUGUCGACGCGCAUUUUCAUGACAACUUGGGAUUAUUGUCCUCCAGCGUUUGUUUUCAUUCAAGUCGCAAUUUCACCUUCUUUUUUCAAUCUAGAAGCACGUUCGCAACCGGGGCUUCGAUUUCAUAUCUAGGGGUGGCACCGCACAAAUUUCUAACAUGCCCUUACAAAGUCAUAUUUCAUCUUUCACAAAGUCAAUGCACGCCGUAGGUUGUGGAGACCGGAGGAGAGCUCGACACUAUUUCUUUCAAAUGUGACCCGCUCCUCUCCAUUAUCAACUAGCCGCAACGUAGCCUGGCCAACAGUACGUUCGCAACCGAAAGACCUUGGCGUGCGCUGGCACAAUUGUGGACUUUGUAGAACUUCCAACCAUCAUGCGAUGCCCUUCCUAAGCACUGGUCUCCGACAGCAUGGCGGAAGUCAUAGGACACACCUUGUACUCACUUCGGAUACCCAAAUCACCCUUUGUUAUU